AUGUUUAAGCUCGGAGUGAAGAUCUCAGGUUUGCCUCAGCAUUUUGAUCCAGCUAUUGGAGUCAGUCCUGCAGAGAAACUGAGCCCAGAGCACCUGCAGUUGCUGAGAAAUGCAUUUACCUGUUCAAAAGCUGGACUAAAGACACAGAAGAGUGGAAGAAACCGAGGAAGAAAUGAAGAACAUGGAAUGGGGUUCAAAGAGUUUCGCGAGGUUCUACAGUCUGUAAUUGGUCCAGAUGUUGAGGGUGCUUGGGUUGAGAGGUUCUUCAGUGAGGUAGAUAUCUGCUGUACAGGACAGAUAAAGUGGCAGCAGCUGUGUUCAUACCUGCUUCUUGAAUACACAGAGAGAGAGAGCGCUUCCAUCCCUAGAGCUGCUCUCCUGGACUCAAAGCUACAAAUCAGACACUGCUCUCACAACAAGGUAGGAAUCCACUGUAUAACACACACACACUCUCACUCUUUUUACAAUAAUCCUCAGCUUGCCGGAGACCCAACAGAGGAAGUAGCCAACACAAGGCGGUUCAGAGGCUGGACCACUGAUGCUGUCUACAUGGGCAAUGUCCACAAGGUUGCCAUAUCAACUGACUGCAGGGACCUGCAUUUUGUAAAUGUCUCCACAGCAAGUGUAUUUGAAGAUGUCCACCUGUUUGGGUUUCGGAGCGUGCCGACUGCACUUUGUUACUGGCAUGAUAUUCAGUUUCCAGAGCGACCACCUCUACUGCUACUGGGGGAUGAAAAAGGAGGAAUCCACCUGAUCUGGUUCCUGAACUCAUCUAAAGGGCUUUUUAAGAAUCCCACCAAGAAGCUGAACGGCCCACACAGGAUCUUCUUCCCGGACCUUGGUGAACACUCCAGCAUGGUGUCCUCCCGUUACAUCCCCAACAUCCACCAGGAACCAGUCAACAGACUGAUGUUUGAGCCAAGUACCAACGUCAUCAUGUCAUCAUCAGAGAGUGACAACACCUCUGUGGUCUUUAUGAGCGUGUCACUGAAGCAGGAGCCUUACAUCUGGAAAUUUAAGCAGGGGGCCAAAUGUUUUGACUACAACGCAUCUCUGCAAUUGAUGGUCACAGGUGGUUGUGACCGAGUGGUCAGACUGUGGACCCGCUUCGUGACCACGAGUCCUGUCGCUACGCUGGUGGGUCACCGCACCGCUGUGUUGGAUAUUGCAAUUUAUCAAGCCGUUGGGCAGAUCUUCAGCUACUCCAGAGAUGCUGAGCUGAGGGUUUGGGACAUUUCUACCCAUCACUGUCUGAAAACUGUCGGCCUGCCGUUCCCCUGCCUGCAGCCAGGCCGAAUCCCAGAGCACGGCAACUUCCCUUUCCUGCUGCUCAGCCCUCCUCUUCCUGAACAGACUCAGCCUCAUUUAGUAGUGGGAUGUAAGGAUUAUCUGGCACUGCUUGAUCUAGCUGAAAGAGAGAGGGGAGGGGGAGGAUGGUUGACAGAUGAAGCAAGGGAACUCAAUGGUCCAGCACUGUCCUGUGCACUAUACAACCCCACCCUGAAACAGGUGGUGACUGGACAUGCAGACUCAUCAGUGUCUCUGUGGGAUGUUGGGACAGGGAAGAAACGGCUUCAAAUCUGCAACGUUCAUGGAGAAGAUGAACUCACCUGCAUGGCACUGGACUCUUCCCACAGAAGACUUAUCACUGGGGCCUGCAACGGCACUAUUAAGGUGUGGAGCUUACUUAACGGCCUUAACCUGCACAAACUGGAGCCUGUCACCAAUUCUGAAGUCACAGCGGUGACUUGUCUUCAUAGCAACCAGCUGCUGGCUGUGGGGUGGAGCCGACAAAUCGCUCAGUACAACAUUACUGGUGCCAAGGAUUUGUAUGUGAGAGCAGAUAUGUCAUGGAAGUCCAACGGCGUCCACAAAUCUGACAUCCUGGCUGUGGGUCAGUGUUCUUCCUUGGGGGUCAUUGCCACAGCAAGCCAUGACGGAGAGGUCAUUAUCUGGAGGCUGGAGACACAAGGACCACUGCUCCACCUACACAGAGAGACACAGGCAGGAGCGGCGCUCCCUGUGGACAGCCUCUUGUUCCUGCAGCAUCGUGCUGGAAACAGGACGUAUAGAAACAGAGGUGUCCUGGUGUCAUCACAGGCCGGCUGUCUCUGCUUUUGGAGCAUCACUGGACAGGCACACAUUCAUGGCCAGUUCUAUGCUCCAGAGCAGCCGGGCGAGCGUGUGCUGAGUCUGAACUCAGAUCAGCUUAAAAACACCAUCCUGGUCUCAGGAGACACAACAGGCCAGCUUCAGAUUUGGGACAUCUCUCACUAUGCUUUGGACAUCCAACAUGAGCCGGUUUGUGAAUGUCCUCCUUUGCUGCACUGUUGGAAGGCUCAUAAGAGGGCGUUGGUAAGUGUAGAAGUCCUCGAGGUGGCAGACAGACUGUUUGUCCUCACAGGUUCAGCUGAUGGCUCUGCUGGACUUUGGACAAAUGACGGAGAUCAUGUGGGUUCUUUUGGGCAGCAAGCGAUAUGGAAUAUCUCUGACCCAGCUACAUACCUGAGAGAGACACAGAGUAACCGCAGAGAGGACACUGUAGAGAGGGCUGAAAGUGAUGAAGUGGGAUCCAAUAAGGUCAAAAGUAAAGCACCUGACCUCGCCAGCUGCGGCAAGAUUUUACAGGAGGAAUGCUGUUCUCAAGCUUCGUCUGCCAGCACAGUAGAGAGUGACCUCCACCAGCCUCAGCAACCCAUGGUAACCUGCAAACACACAAUAACACAUACACAAACAUCUUUGUCGUUCUCAUCUCAUUUGUCGUCUUUCUUUCCUUCCAUUCAUGCACAUCCAUCUAACCAUUAUCUGUGCAUCAGUACCUGUGCGAGGACUUUUGUCAGAUAGUAGCUCCGUGUUGUCAGAGGAGAUGUCUGUUUGAUGACAUUGACCACGGCGAUCACUGUUGAGGAUUAAGGCUCAGGUUCUGCAGAAGAUUCCCCCACUGAGGAUUUUACCCACAAUCUCUUGAGUGUAUCGCUGUUUGACUGGCAGCACAGAGCUCAGCUCACAGCAUCUGGAAGGAAAAGUGAGCCAACUGUCCAGUCAGAUAUCGACAAAGAUGCAGACAGGAACACUGUUUUUCCCCAUUUUCCUCUUAUUUUAUGAAGUUGUCUUGAAACUGUAAAUUGAAUGUGUCAGUUUGAGUAUGUCAAACGAAAACUGUGCUGGCGAGAUUUCUCCUUCAAUACAGCUUCUUUUUUGUAUUUCUCCCAGUCUUUCAUCUUGUCUUUUUUUUCUCAGUUCCUCACAAACUCUUCUCACAUGUCAUCACCUCUGUGCCAUCUCUAGCUGAUACCAUCCAUACCUUCUGUAAAAAUCAUUUUUAGCAAUGCCUUUUCCCCUUUGCCAUUUGUGAAACACUCAACAUGGAAAUCCCUUUGACUGCUUGCACUUCCUUUCCCUUGUUUUCAGCUUUUCACAUGUACGUUUUUUGUUUGUUUGUGUGAUUACAGCAGCUCACAUUGAACUGAUUGCUGUAGUUCUUUUAUCAUCAGGGUUUUGAAGUGAAGAGCGCAGUGUGAAAUUCCCUGAUAUUUGAGACUUCUGGGUCAUCCAAAAGACAGCUAGACAGACAGACAUCUGAGCCACUCUGCACUUAUCAUCGCAGCUCUGCUGAAUUGCACAAAUUGGUGACGCAAGACUCACUGCUCUGUUUUUGUUUGUUUUCUUUCUAUGUUCGAUUUUGUAACUUCGUUGCAUGCGCUUCUCCACUCAUCCCUAUAAAAAAGGGUUAUUUUAAGCACUGGUCUGGAUAUUUGAGUGGGGGAGUGCAGAGCCCUUUCUCUAGUUUGUCUCUCAGUACAAAUACAAACAGACACAGCUGGGACAAACAAGGGCAAGUCAUGUAGACUGUACUUUUGCCCCCUCGGGCAUCUGCAUUAUUGAUUUCUACCAUUUUACUUCAUGUCAUCAGAAAUAUCUUCUGUCUGCUGAUGGGCAUAGAUGUCCUGAAUUCAUUAAAUGAUUGAAUUUUCAACCAAAGUGAAUAUAUUUACCUCUUUUUGUGCUGCACGAUGAAAACACUAAUGGCAUAUUCAUACAUUUCUCACUCUGGUACACCUAUGGAACUCUAUUGGAGCAUUAGUUUUUUUUGCCUUAGAGGUUAGUUUUAAGUUAAAAUUUAUUUUUGUUUUUGUAGCUGUGUCCUUCUAAAAAACCUGUGUGUGUGUGUGUGUGUAUGUGUCUGUGUGUGCGCGUGUGUGUGCGAGGCAUAACAGAAGUGCUUCCACAGUCUGGCUAAAUGGCAGGUUAAAGCUUCCUUUCACUAAUUUCCAAUAUCAGCAAAGGUUUCUCAGCCUGUUUUCUCUUCAGAGACAGUAAAACACUCCAGAGAGCGACUCCCAGACAUUGACGUGCAAUUUUGUUCCACGCAUACACACCAACACGCACACCCAAACAGACGAACAGAUGUUCCAAAAUACCACAGUCACAACAGUGCAGAUGCAGGCUGGGAAAUGCCCUGCGAGAUCUCCAUUGCCUCAGUAUAAAGCCGCUUAGGGCUUUCAGAGCAGACGCAGGCAACAAGCAGCGAUCGUAAUUUAUUCACUGCAUGUUUUCACAGGGGGAAAAAAUCAGAGAGGGAGAGGGAGUAAAAGAAAAGGUGGUCUGUAAACGAGGGGAGGUGUUAUUUUCCCUGCGUGUUUCCUCAUUUUAAGUUGUGCAAGAACUUUUUUUUUUCUUGUGCUGCCUUUUUCUUAACUUCUUCUGUCUCUCUGUAGAUCGGCGUGACAGGGAGAAAGCGAGGGAUUCAUGUGUGGGAAUAGCAGCAGCAGGAAGGAAAGUGCAGCAGGGAAUUUUGCCUGCAGCGAAACAGAAGAGAAGAGAGAAAGAGAGGAAGAGGGAGAUGGUUAGAGAAGAUGACAGGGGAGCGAAAAGGAUGAAGGUUUGAAGGAAUGGGAUGGGAGGAGUGAAAGUGGACUUUAGUUAAUGAGGAGGAGCAGGGAGGAGACGAAAGAAGAUAACAGAGGUAAGGGAAGCUCCCUUCCACGCCUUCCUUUGGAGGAAACACAGAUGAAGCAAGUCACAAACCUGCAUAGAUUUCACACCUGAAAAUCUAAACAGUCACACCAUCGUGGAGGAAGGGAACCAGUUUCAAAACGUACACAUGAAUGAAAACUGGACUUGGACCUGCACUGGCAGAAUAUACACACACACACACACACACACACACACACACACACACACACACACACACACACACACACACAUGUAUUGCAUCAGAGUGAAUAAGCCAGCUGGACGUAGUUUCAUUCAGAUCUGCUGUGAUAAGAAGCGCACUGUCUCCACCCCUUCCUGCUUCCAAGGACUUUUGCUUUAAAACCAGUCAGAGUGUGUGUGUGUGUGUGUGUGUGUGUGUGUGUGUGUGUGUGUGUGUGUGUGUGUGUGUGUGUGUGUGUGUGUGUGUGUGUGUGUGUGUGUGUGUGUGUGUGAGAGAGAGAAAGAGAGAGAGAGAGUGUGUGUGUGUAUUCUGCACCAUCAUUGCAUUCACUCUCUCAUUCUGCUAACUUGUCAUUUGUUGUUUGUGUACAUACCUGCACAUACACACCCACAAUGCAUGCUCUCUCUCUCUCUCUUUCUCUCUCACACACACACACACACACACACACACACACACACACACACACACACACACACACACACUCCCUCGCUCUCUCGGAGCAGCAGGUCUCUGGAAGCAGCCAAAACUGUCAGUGACUGUUGCUAACACAUGCUCGCUCUCAGCUCAGCUCUCUCUUCAGUUGCUGCCAAGGAAGGAGGAGGAGGAGGAGUAGAAGAAGAAGAAGUGAGGUUGGAAGGAGCAGACUGAAACACACAGAUAGAAAGAGGAAGAGAGAAAGAGAGAGAGAGAGAGAGAGAGAGAGAGAGAGAGAGAGAGAGAGAGAGAGAGAGAGAGAGAGAGAGAGAGAGAGAGA